UGCUGUCCUUCAUUCAUGUCACCGAUCAGACGCGAUCGUGCUUGAGCUGGUCGCCGUCUCUCCAGGUUCUCAACUCACACAAAGCACUCUUCUUCCCCCAGACCCUCAUGGCACCGACUCCCGCUUUCGAAGGCCUCUCGCUGCUCUCCGCGCAUCUACUAGCGCUCUCUUUCUCAUCCUCGUACGUCGGUGUCCUCUAUGUCGUAGGAAAGAUCCAGCCCGGUCCGCGCGACGAUCCGCGCGUCAUCCGGGCGCGUCUGAUGGCGGUCACCGUCACCUCCGCACUCAGCUGCGGCGCCGUGUACGCACUGGUGGCACGGUCGAAUACCACUGCGAGCCCCUUGAAGAGCACGAUGGCUGUUCUCGGAGCCACAUGGUCGAAUAAACUGCUGCUGUCGUGUCUGCAUGCCCCCCUACUCUUCUUAGGCCCCAUGUACGGCAGCUACCUUUGUCUUUCUCUCCCGGGACAAUCAGUGCCGACGUUGGGGUCCGCCCUGAAAUGCGCGUUUGGGACCUUGAUUGGCUUUAGGAACUACGUCUGGGGCCCAUUGACGGAGGAAAUCGUUUUCCGCGGCUGCGUUCUUUCUGUGUAUGCUAUGGCAGGUGCUGGGAGGGGGAAGAUGAUCGGUUUCGCACCACUUGUCUUUGGUCUUGCCCAUGUCCAUCACGCAUGGGAAACCUUCACGCGACUCGGGCGGACGAAACAGGCGUUCCAGAAUGCCAUGGCCGGUGCAGUCUUCCAAACUGCGUACACCACCUUGUUCGGCGCCUAUGCUUCGUUUCUCUUCCUGCGGACAUCGUCCUUGAUCCCCCCGCUCGUCGCUCACGUUUUCUGCAACUAUAUGGGCCUGCCGCAGAUUGCCUGGGAGCUGCGACGUUUUCCGGAGAAAAAGACCUAUAUCUCGGCAGCUUAUGCUCUCGGGAUCCUAGCUUUUGCGUAUACUAUGGGUUCCUGGACUGGACCGGGGGGAUCUAACUUGUAUUGGACCGAACCUUCAAAAUUCUGGGGUUUGGUAGGCUCGUAGCAUGAGUUGAGAUUUGCAUGGGACGUCCUUGCGCUUUCGCGUAGGUCAGGAUGAUCUAGAUACAUAACUAGGACGGAUUGUUUACGGAUACUUAGCUACCUACCUGUCCGAAUGAAAGUGGACUACGCAAUAGUUCGGCUUUCGCACGUCAACAUGAUCUCCUCUUACCGUUUCGGACAACUGGUCCGAAGGCCCAUUCCCAAGAUCGCAGGCCUGUCUCUCACUCAUCGAUUGUCCAUGUCUACCUUGAAUCGCUUCAUCGUCUACGCCCCGGACAAGACCGAGGAAGGCACAUUCCAACGCCGUCUGUCCGUCCGCGAGCAGCACCUGUCUAGAGCUUCCGAGUUUAUCAAGGGCGGGCAGAUACGCACUGCAGGCGCGAUGCUGACUCCGGAGUCAGUGACCGGAGGCGAGCGGAAGAUGAUUGGGUCCAUGUUGAUUUUCGAGGCGGCCACCAUCGAGGAGGUCCGGAAACUCAUCGAGACGGAUGUGUACUACACGGACGGUGUGUGGGACCCAGAGACGCUGGUGAUUCUGCCCUUCGUAGCUGCGACGCCUAUGUAAUGGAGCGGAGAAAUCAAGACGACUAAGAAGGAUUUAUGGAAUAUGCGAUGGAAUUGUAACGACUGGGACGAGAAUUGCGUGUUCGCUGCACAGUGGGAACUAAGCGAAAAACUCCUGCGACGAUCGUUCUGCACAACGCGCUCGGAACAGAUUGACCUAGCAGCCAUGAAAGAUGUGCUCAGCGUUUGGCCGCUAAUGACCAACGAAGGAGGAGCGCCUGUGAAGUCCUCUACUAUAGAUCUCCACGCGAUCUACCCCGGCCCGGCCACAUUGAAUCCGGGAUUGACUCAAACAGACUUCGUCAGAUGCAGUGUGGGCGUACAUAGAGCGUAGUCACCCAAGUCAACGCGAUUUGCCGUACGGUAGACUGCGGGCGCGGCCAGCUGCCGGCGGUAUAAAGAUCAGCAGCCUCGCAGAGGAGGUAUCGUAUCGGGCAGAGAGGAAAGAAACGCUUGGCCCCACGUGCAUCCACGUCGUACUCAUCAAAGCCUCUUGCUCAUCGCUUUCAUCCCGCACGGCUGCGGUGACACCGUAACAGUCAGCGUUCCCCGGAGAAGACCACCACUUGUUUGCCGCGCGACAUCAGCUCGGACAUCUUUGCUCUUUUCCACCGGCCCGGACACACAACCCGUCGAACGUCUGUGCGUCCAGAACGAUAUGGCCAAACCAAAGGCCCCGACCCCGCAGGAAUUGUACCGGGCUCGGAAGCAGCGGGAAGAGCAGGAGAAGCUAGCGUAUCUGCCGCCGGGUCUGAUCAAUCAUGGCAAUACGUGCUUCAUGAACUCGGUUCUGCAAGGGCUGCUCGCUACCCGGUUGUUGUCCCAGCUCGUGCACUUUGCUCCGAUCCCCGCUCCGGUGCAAGCCCACGCGGCCACCCUGCUCGCGUCGCGCCGCUCACCGCAACUCACGAACGGACAUGAUCUGGGAGGAGAGUUUGAGAAGGAGUGGGUCGACACCAUGCCCAUCGGCGACAUGUUCCUCAAUGUGAUGCACCGAGCAUGGGAUGCCGAAUUUCACCGUCGCAGAGAGAACCUGAGUCCCAAACCCCUGCUCGCGGCCCUCGGAAAGAAAUACGACCAAUACCUGGAUUUCGCGCAGCAAGACGCACAUGAGUUCCUGCGCAUCCUCUUAGAUGCCAUGAGCAUGGAGGAGCUGGACGCAAUCAAGAAGACGAAUCCUCCCCCACCUCCGAAGACGAAGAAGCCGCGCCGAGCGGCGGACUCUUCCUCGCCGCCCGAUGCGCCGAUUGCGCUGGCGGACAUGAUCUUUGGUGGCAAACUGACGAGCAUCCUGGUUUGCCAGAAGUGCAAACACGUCUCGCAUACAUAUGAGGACUUCAAUGACCUCAGUCUCAGUAUCAAGCAGGAGGACUACGAACGCGGCCAGCGGAAACGCGAUCGAUUCAAGUCGUUUGCCAAGCGGCUGGGAGUGUCCAUCGGACAUGAACCGCGCUCAAGCUCAGUGCCGCCUCCACCGAGUCCCCGCAUUGGGGUUACGGAAGCAGACUCUCUGGUUUCGGCAGAGGAGCCUCGAAGGAGGAGUCUCGACUUCGCAGAGGACGAUGCCAAGACAGAUUCUGAUGGGAGUGGUCCAGAAGCCUCUCCGCCUAUACGAAUCAACGGGGUCUCGCUAGUGGUUACAUCGGACGAGAAACACAUCGAGUUUGUGGAUCAGCCAAAAGCUGAGCACAAGGAGAAAAAGAAGGACGACGACGGGUGGGCCAAAUUAGGGCGGCGGCUGAGCCUCGGACUGGCGAAAAAGGACAGAGAACGAAGCGGGCGGCUCGGACAUAGGAAAAGUCGUGAUUUCUCUGCGCCCACUACCCCGCGAGCCAGCACGACCGAGUUCGCACCUGAAAUCCGGGUCUCCUCCCCGAGGCCGCAAUCUCCACCCAAUGGGAUCGCAGCUCCGACUCCGUUGCGGGGUGCUCAGGCGGCGCCCGUGGAGCGCAGUAAGUCGCCGAAACCACCGAAACCGACGGCCGGCGAGACCGCCUACUUGCGGCGGAUCUUGGCCGAUGUGGCUGCCCAGGGCGCAGACGCGCUGUGGCUCAAAUUUGGAGGGGGGCUACCCGGGGUGGAAGAAUGUCUGCGCAUGUUCACAUCAGUCGAAGUGCUCGACGGUGAGAACCAGGUCGGCUGUCGCCGCUGUUGGAAGAUCGCAAAUGGAGUGUACGUUCCGCCUCAUCGAGAUCCGGAGGAGGACAGAGAUGUCGGAGCUGAGGAGGACUCUGAGGACAGUGCAGCCGAUGACGAAGUGGAUGCCCUCAACCCCAUACCCCACGUGGCCCGACGGCUGUCGAUCUCAGCGUCCAAGUCCGCGCCCCACAUUUCGGUCUACACCAACCUUGAGAAGAUCGAAACUACGAUAGAGUCAGCAUCGUCUCUCCCACUUGCCCAGACGACAUUAUCCGAGUUUGACAUCGACGCUGAAACUAGCGUCACGUCUGUGACCAGUUCGAGCUCCACGCAUUCAUUGCCUCUGGCAGAUACAGACACCAGCACGCCCCCAGCAACGGUUAAUGUUCUCCCCCCUACGCCGGUCGAAACAACAGAUCCAGAGCCGAAGCCCUUUGUUGUCCUUGACUCUAUUUCCGAGGUUGAAGAGACUCGUGCACCACCACCACCACCAGCUGCUGCAGCGCCAGACGCGAACGGCUUGCACCCUCACUACGGGCGCAGCCGCCAUUUAUCCGACGCGGACUCGACGGACGGAAGCUCCGACGACGAAAGCGACGCAUCUGCUGCUUCCGAGCAGGCCCCCGCAAAACCGAAGACUAAGAAACCGAAGCCAGUCAUCAUGCGGCCAGCGUACAAGCGGUAUCUCAUCGCGGUCCCCCCUCCUGUGUUGGUAAUCCACCUCAAACGCUUCCAGCAAGUAUCGAAGACGAUGAUGACCAUGUCGUUCUCCCACGGCUUCAAGAAACUGGACGACUACGUCACUUUUCCGGAGCAGCUCGACCUCUCUCCGUUUCUCGCACCGAAAAAAGAGGAUUACGGGCUCAAGAAAGGUGCUGGGUGGGGGAGACCACCGAAGACAGACGGGGAUCGAUGCAUGUAUCGGCUAUAUGCCGUUGUCGUACAUAUCGGCAACAUGCUCGGCGGCCAUUACAUCUCCUACGUCGCGCUCCCCACCGCGAAAGACGUUGCAACUACACCGAAUUCUCCCGUGGGUCAACCAGCGCCUGGUCUGCCUACCAAUGGCGAGGCCGUCAAAGACGAACCGCGCCAAUGGGCGUACAUCAGUGACACAAUUGUGCGGCUGACGUCGCUGGAGGAAGUGUUGAAAGCCAAGGCGUACAUCUGCUUGUACGAGCGAGUAUAGACCUAAAUAUUAACGCUAUUUAUACCUAUACCUAGUGUAACCAUAGUAUAUGUAUUGAUGUAAGGCUGCAGCGCAAACACUGCAUGACCAUAAUCGGAAUCACUUUGCAUUAUGUAUCAUAUAUCGUCAUUAGACGCGCACGUUUGCGAGUCGGCCCAUCCCUCAGCCGGUUUUCCUGGCCCAUGGUUUUUCGCUUACCAUCGUCCGUGAGGCGGGACUUGGUGAUGCGGACACAAUCGAGAAAUGUGUUUCCCGGCCUGACAACGCGCAGAGGCUUUUGCGCCCGGAGACGUCGUUGCCGAGCCAACAGAAGUUGCUUGACCUCUUGACGCGCGUGGGCCAUCUCUCGUCUGGCGGCGGUUUCGUGUCGGCGCCGCACAUAGUAGGCCAUGAGCGUGCGGAUGUCGUUGCGUUCAACAACGUAGAUGGGCCAUUCGUUCAGCGGCGACACGCGAGGGAGCAGGCCGAAAUCCGAGUGCUGGCGGCGCGCAGCGAAGAUGUGGGACUGCUGCACGGCUGCUUGUGCGAGACGUCGGGCGAUGAACUUGGCAACCAUGUCUUGCACGACAUUGGGGGGCUUAUCGUUUGCCGGAAUAGCACGAGAUUGAGCUCCGAUGUUGACGUUGACGGUCCGGGAUUGCGGGAUGUGCUUUGAGGUAUUGAUGCUACUGAACUGUGAAGGAGACCUAGAUUGCGUUUGAAGAGUGGGCUUAGAAGGCAGAUGGAGAAGGAAGUGGCCACAAAUGAAGAUGGCGCCACAUGGGAUGAGGGCAUAGAUUAUUUGUUGGAGGGGAGAGGGGCAAAGUCGCAUGAGAGUCCAUUGAGACAAGACAAUAUCGCACUCAAAGGACGCAGACGCGUCGAAAUCUGUCAACUGUUAGCAGGAGCUUGCCCGCCACUCGGAUCGAGCCAUGCUCACUAGACAAGGAACGAGCAGGGGCGCCCGAAGCCUCGGAGUGUAAACCCACGCCAGGAAGCAGAAGAAGCACGACGAACAGAGAGCACAAAAGAGUGGAAUACAAGCGAUCACGAGACAUGGUAAAGUGGGCGAGUCCAACAGGGACGCCCGCUGGCAGGUCGCUUGAAGUUGGGAGUGAAAGAAGAGCCUGGAGAAACGCGAUCAUGUGAUACGCCCAUUGGAUGAGGCAGCCGCGUGCGCCUGAAUGACAAGUUGCACACUAGUAGAGAAUCCCGCCUGUUGCAUGAGGGAUUAAGGUGGCUACUUGGGCUAGGCUUGGCGGGGAUAUCUUUCUCUUGGUCCAAUCUCGCCCAGAGCUCGGCGCAUGCAGUGGCACUGGUAUCGGAACAGAUCACCCCAUAGCGCGCAGUCUGUCAGACCAUCCCCGGUACUAAAAGCCUUCCGCAACGAAACUUAUCUCGCAAUUCAACACUCCAUCUCCCAUGCUCAUGUUGGAGCAGUAUCAACAAGGCUCGCCCCCAGAGGUCACUGUGAUCACGCCUCUCCUACGCGACAGUGCACAUCCGCGCAGAUUCUCCCUCGGCGAAUUCCUUCGCUCCGAGGUGGAUCCAGAACAUGCGACGGGACCGCUGGUCGUAUUCUGUUUCAUGACGGGCUUCAUGUGCGUGCGCCCUGUCGCCCGCUGCUGCCCACUCACUGUCUUGUCCUGUACACAGCGACGUGAUCGCAUUCACCGCAGUAUUCGUGUGGUGCGGGUUCCAGACCGGGAAUUUCGCGCAGAUGCCGACCAGAUCGCGCUCGCCUGUGCGCGCCUCAUCGCCGACCCGGCGAGCUUCGUCUUGUUCGCCGCGGACAAGCAGGCGAUCACGUCGCUCGUAGCGUUCAACGCCGGGGCGUUGCUGGGACGCAUCGGCGAUCGCAUCGGCGCGCGCACUCGGCUGUGGCUAGUCGCUGGGACCCUGGCGCAGGCGCUGCUCCUGCUCAUCGCCGCCGUGUGUGUGCAGAUCAGCGGGGAAGCCGAUGUCGCGCCGGACCGAGGGACGCCGAGCUGGACGGGCGGAUGGACCGCGACAGCCGUGGCGCUCAUGGCGGCGAGUUUGGGAGUGCAGGGAAUCAUGGGGAAGCGGCUAAACACGCAUCUGAGCACCACAGCGUCGCCCUUGGCGACCGACAGCCUUGCUUGAGUGGGACACAACAAUUCCGAAAUUGACCAGUAACUACAUUACAAUCACGCCGUUCUUUUUCUUUCUCGGGCUCUCGUCCAUCUCAGGCACCGCACGGCGCUUCCUUGGGCUCGGCGGCGCAGCGCCCUUUGCCUCGAUGAUAGGUGAAUAUAUAUAUAUAUAGUGGUACAUCUCAAAAGGCUGCCGGCAUACAUUCUGGUAAUAUUCAAGAGCACAAGAGCGGCGCGUCUUUCCGGUCUGCCAUCAGGUGUCCUCCCGAUACAGCCAGAGAAAGCGACGUACCCGGUCAAAUCAACGCUGAACACAGAGACGAGUGUUACAUCACGACACGAGGGUGUCGGAAGAAUGCGGGACAGGGACAUCGGAUCAACAUGGCCAUCACAAAGUAAUUAUGAGUGUGGAGAGUGCCUUGACAAGCAAGGCAACUCAUCGUGCCAAGUGGUGCUUACGACGCUCUGGAUCGAGCUCGUCACGGACCCUCAGCUGUUCCACCUCCGCAAGGUGCCCAGUCGAGACCGGAGAGUCACCGGACUGUUGUGGUUGUUUCUGGGCGCAGUCACCGGUCGCACCAUGUUGGACUGGAUUGGCAGUCCGGCGUCCUUGGCGUUUGGUUGCUUGCUUCGUAUAGUGGUCGCGGGAGCGUGGUGUCUGGUGCCGGGCCCGAAACACCAGGACACAAUGGAUGAAGCAGGCAAUGCAGGGCAGGGUGGGGCCAACUGAACUCUUGCAAGGGUAUGAUCGAGGCGAAGACGGCAGAAGGUCGCGUUUCAUAUUGUAGACUACUAAGACGCUGUAUGUAAUCUAUGCCGGACAACUCGUAGUGCACAAUCCUGGAGUAAGAGUCAGCGAGAGGUAAAAGCGAAGAAAGGGCCCUCAGUCAAAGAUACAGUUGUCCUUCACGAAGAGUCGGACAUAUGCUUGUUUAGAAAAAGCAUCGUUGGGCGCGAGAAGAGAUAUGGGGAAAGCGACUCACCACACACGAGCCGUCCCAUGGAGCGUUCCCAUUCCGCCCUCAGUCCUCACACGAGGUUUGAUAAGACUGCACACAAAAAAGUCAGAACCCAAUCACAAAAAGGGAGGCAUGACGAGGAAUGGAGGUCAGUUGGUGAUGCAUGUUACGAGUGUGGAUCAUCGACGUAUCGUCACCAACUCGGAAGAUGGAGAGGAUCAUCAUCCAUGAGAAUAGAGGUUGUACUCACCAUAAACGGGUUCCAGCAAGUAACCAAAACGUAUCGAGAGAUUUUAUAGGGCGAAAAUCACGGUCUGUGACGCUGUGCAGCUUGUCACGUGGUAUACCCUUAUAUAAUGCACGGUAACGAGUGAAGGAUUUCGUGUUCAUCUCAGCCACGACGUCCUGAAGGGUGGUUUGUAGGUCUUCGAUUUCGUGGCUCCGAGCUGACACUCUUCCGCCAUUCACAUACCUCAUUGUUAUUGCACAAGGUGAGCAUACACGUUCCAUUGCCUCUCCCUUCCCACCACGACGAAAACUAAGUUCAUCCAUUCGUUGAAUGCCUGCGGUGUGAUCUUGCUUCAGGCGCCCUCCUGCUUCGGCGGGAUGCGUACGCUCUGCUCCGUUCUGGAGCAGUGUCGGCGGUGUCUGUUGCUCGGGAGCUCGCAGGAAAAAGAAAAUACCGGCUUCUCUGACUCCUCUUCAUCGAAGUCUGGAAUGUAAACUGACAUCAUUCCUCAGGUCAGUUGGUCCCGCGGAUUAAAUUUUGAGUCUGUGGUUAGACGUAGUUUACGUCGUUCCUGCAAUAUACUUGUUUCUAGCCAUGUUGCCUAAAUGACGAGGUCUAGUCUA